CUGCGCUGGAGCUGCGGCGGCCAGGACAGGCGACUUGAAAUUUGCAAGUUCCCUGCCUUGACAGCAAUCAUGGAUAGUGUGUUCUUAACAGAGGACAAAGCCAACUCUGUCUUAAAAAGAUACCCAAGAGCCAACACGUUUCUGGAAGAAAUAAAGCAAGGUGACAUAGAACAUGAAUGCAGAGAAGAAAUCUGUAGCUAUGAAGAAGCAAGAGAAGCAUUUGAAAAUGAGGAAAAAACGAAGGAGUUCUGGAAAGUCUACAAAAACGGACUCCAGGGAGAAAGUAACACAGGACAUAGCUGGUAUUCAUUUUACCUUGCAUUUCCAUUAAUCAUUGGCCUUUUUAUUAUCCUCAUUGUCAUUUUUGUCAUCUGGAGAUGCCUGUUUAAAAAGAAAAUGCGUAGGCAGUCGGUGUACGUGCACAGGGGAGCCCACGGAGCGCUGGGCGAUGGUGCUGAUGGCAGAGGGCCCCUCCCGCCGCCUCUCAGCAUUGUUCAUUCCCCACAGGAGGAAAUGUAUGAAGUCAGUGGGCUCUCUCCAGGAGGUCUGAGCUAUUCGGAUGCACGGUCAGACUCAAUAUCCACAAGGCUCUCAAACUGUGAUCCUCCUCCUUCCUAUGAGGAAGCCACUGGGGAAAUCACUGUGAGAAGAAGUGAAACUGAACAACAUUUAGAUCCACCCCCACAGUACGAAGACAUUGUGAAUUCCAGUUCAGCCAGUGCCAUCGCACUAACCCCCAUUGUCACCAGUACAAAGUAAAACAAUAAGAAUGCCAUGGACCUUUUAAAAAUUGUUAAUCAUUUUGUAGCACUUUAUCUUGGCUUAUUAUGCAUUUCUGUAAUUUAACGGACUUGUAUACAAUGAAUUUACAAUGAAUUUCACCUUUUUUAGGUUCGCUCAUUCUUUGGGUUUGGGAUUUUUUUUUUCCCCUAUCGAAUGUCUUAAAAGAUAAGGAAUCUGUAUUAAGAGUGUAGUGCAGAUACAGAUGUGGUGCUCUGUUAUACUUCCCAAAAGUACCUCUGUUUUGAAGGAUGUCAGUUGUUUUAUUCCAAACACUGUCCACAUUCCCCACAAGAUUUGUGGGAUCCCCCUCCCCUUUCUUACUGCAGACUGUCAGAAUUCCCUGCAAUAGGGAAUCCUUAAGGAACAUUUUAAUAGUUAUUUACACUAGAGAGGACUGAUUUUGCAGUAUUGCCUCUUGUCUGGUUGGUUCCUUUUUCUCACUUGGGUUUUUGUUACAUGCUGCACCCUCUCCUGGCCCUCAGGAGGCUGGGAGCCUUUGUGUUCAAACCAGGAUCUCGUGUAGAGAAUACUGGUGUAAGAGCAAUAAUUCCAGAGUCCUAGCAGGAGAGAUGUAUUCUAAAGCUUAUGCUAUUACAGCUCAAAAUUCUGUAAAUGCUUAGAAGCUGACAAUUCAAGACACUAAUUGGUGAAUUUAAUGGUGUAAGUUUUUGUCUGUGUUCUGCCUUUUCUGUUUUCCUAUCAGGUUUUACUUUUGUAUUUUAGGGGUGAGAAGUGUGCAUAUGUUAACUUCAGAACUUGAAAGUUCAUGCAACAGUAAUAGUGAAGUACUCGAGAGUAGAUAAAAUCCUGAUCAUGGACUUCCUGUGAUUUUCACUGGGACCAGGAUGUAAUCUAUAAGCACAUACACCCAAAGGCAUUAAUUACCUUUUUAAAGGGGGAAAAAGGAAAGAAAAUCAGUGUCUGUGAUUUCCUUUUUUCCCCAGCUAUGAACACCUUCCUCAAGGUUUCGCCAGCUAUAAAUUCCUUCCUCAAGUUCUGAUACUCCCUUGCCAAUUGACUGUACCUUGUGUGCACCUUGUACUGGUGCCUGUGGAAAUUCUUUGCAGAGAAUACAAAUAUCCUUUUUCAAUAGCAAAUAAAUUUAUUGCUUAUCCAUUCCAACAAGGAAUUCUAAGAACACGCGGGCAUAACCCCAAGCAUUAGUGUGGAGUAACUUUUUGAGGCUGAAGAGAUGGAUGAAAGUUACAUAGAAGCUUGUACAGAAUUUUAUCCACUUGGUUUACAUGGUACAAAUUCUAGUGUGGUGAUUAUUCUUUCACAGGUUGAUUUAAAAGUUAAUUGCUCGCUUUAGUUUCUGAGUAUUAAGUUUGCUUUCUUUCUUCCCACACCAAGUAGCAUGGCAUUAGCUUAGUACUGUUCUGUGUUCUACUAAUCAAUUAACACCAAUUGAAAUGUGUUGAGCCCUGAAGAACUGAAUUAUGUUGGCUUUCUUACAACAGAAACCCAAAUUGUCUUGUUUCAAACACCCCAAAUGAAAUGCCAGUGCCAUCUGUUUGAUAAUUGCUCUUAAUGUCCUUCUCAUGGGGGCUUGGCCUAACUGUUCCAAAGGAUUUUUAUGGAAGGAGACUGGAAGGGAAUGGAUGGUUAUAGAUGGGUGUGUAAGUGCACACUUCAAUAAGAAUAUGAUCUAGCACAUUGACAAGCAGUGUCAGGAGUUCUCAUUUUUGGCAAAGAGCAGGUUGCCUUUGUUGCCUUCUGGGGAUCUUCAGCUGCUAAGGCAAGUUGUAUUAGAGAUGAACUCCUGGCCAAACUCCUGACUCCACUGCCAAAACUGUAACUUGUAUUAAUAUAUAAUAGAUAUAUUAAGAUAAGCACAGUAUGUUUUGGACACUUGUAGUAAAAACUGCCUGGGUUUUGUUUGUGUACUGUCAGACCUUUUCUUUUGAAGUGGUUUUAGCUCUUGUGAAUCCUGAAUUGCCACCUGUGGAAAUUAAAGCUCCUUUCAUACCAAGCAAGAGUUAAUAAAUACAGUGCUUUAGGCGGAUUCACCAGAACAAAGUGCCUCAUCCCAGCGUGCAGGAACCACCUCAGAAAGAGCUGGUACUUCAGUGUCUGUGCCAUAUUGGCACCUCCUGUGCCUACCAGCACAGAUAGUAAUUUUAGCAGUAACUUCCUUGUCAGACUUAGGACUUAACUCUAGGAAAUGCAUGGAGAUCACCCAUGUCACAUUAGAUUGUGAAGCAGCUGUCAUCAUCCCCUGAACGUGGGCAGUCUGCUUUAGUAGUUCAGAGAUGAGCUGGAUUUUCCCUUUUUUCUGUGUUUUCUUUACUCUGUAUUCCACUACCACUUUUAAAGGGUUUGUUUCUGGCUCCUAAAUUGAAUAUGUUGCUUUAUCCUGUUACUGUGUCCUGUAGAUACUUUUAUGUGCAAUCCAAAAUUGAUGUUUGCCAUUCCAAAAAAAGUCACAACCAAAAGCUGAGUGAUCAUGAGUUGAAUUGAUUGGACAAUGCCUUUUCCAUGAGUACAGGAGUAUGAAAGCCAUUGUGGGCUAUAAAUUUAUGUCUUGGUGAAUAAACUUAACAUUUAAAUGAAACCAGUGUGGGACAGUUGUGCAAAUACAUUUCCUCUAAAAUAUGAAUAGUUUUCUCCGUGUUGGAAUAAUGUCAACUUACAAAUUGUUUGUUCCGUUUUGUGAAAUGUGGGAAAAUAGCUUAGUCCUGUGGUUGGCUUUUCAAACCUGAUUGAAAAAUAAAAUUUUAUUUGUACUGGGGUUUUUUAUAGCUUUUUUUUUCUUGUUGUUUUAUCUAUCCUGUAAUUGCAUUGUCAUGCAAUAAAUAUAAAUUUAUAGUUGUACCUCUCUAAGGUUUUGCAACUCUGAAUGCAGUGCUGUCUUGACUGAUGACAUGAAUAGUCAGGAAACUGUCUUUCCCACUUCUGAAUGUAACAUUGAAUUUCAUCUUGUAUUGGGAUUGAAAUUAUUUAGCUUCUAAAAUGAACUUAAAGGUGGCACUGUUUUAAGAAAUUAUGGAAGUUAAUGAAUUGCUUAGAUGAUAUUAACAUAGUGAAGGUUGUUCUCUCUUCACUGUAUGUAAAUAACUUCUGAUUACAGUAUUGUAUAUUUUAAAGGGGUUUGGUUUACAUUAAAUUAUCCUAUUUAAA